UUCAUUCAUAGCACAGAAGGCUAGAGCUGCCUGUCUUGCAUUCUGAAACAAAACCAGCUUUGCCUCCUAAUCCAGACGGAUCAAGACCCCAGUUAUUUGCUGAGGCAUUGUCAGGAUAAGUUCUGUGGGGUGAAGCAGAGAUGGCAGAGGUGCAUUCUGAGAGAAACUUCAAGGAAAAGAUUAAUGCAGUUCGUUCAGUGGUUUCUAACAAAAGCAACAAUGAGAUUGUGCUAGUGUUGCAACAGUUCGACAAUAAUGUGGAUAAAACAGUACAAGCUUUCAUGGAUGGAAGUGCUGCUCAAGUACUGAAAGAGUGGAACCUGACGGGAAAAAAGAAGAACCACAAAAAGAAGAGAAGCAAAUCAAAACAGCAACAACAGCAGAAAAAUCUUGAACAAAAUAUACCUCCAGAAUCUGAGACGACCAAGAAGUGUGAUGACCAUAUCAUGGACAACUACAAGAUAAAUGUUUCAUAUCUGCAUGACUUGUCCAUGGACGGCGGAAACAUGAUGAAACACACUGUAUCAAAGGAAGAAAGACAUUCCAUUUCUGAGGAAAUGCCACUGCAGUCACACCUGCAAAAAGCAGGAGAAAGAGACACACGUUUUCUGCCUGGUGAGAAGUUUAGGAAGGGAACUUUGUUAUCAACUCGGAAACCAAAUGCAGAACCACCUAAAUUGAAGCCUUCUGCAGCGAGGUCGCAGAUAUCUGAAUCCUGCCUUGAUGUGGCUUCAGAGGAUGCUGCCAAGAAAAGAGGCCCCAGCAUAGAAAAAUCCAUGAAGGAUCUGCAGCGUUGCACUGUAUCCCUGACACGGUAUCGCACAAUGAUCAAAGAGGAAAUGGACUCUUCUGUGAAAAAGAUCAAGGCUACCUUUGCAGAAUUACAGAGCUGUAUUAUAGACAGAGAGGUUUCCUUGAUGGCAGAAUUAGACAAAGUAAAAGAAGAUGCAAUGGAAAUUUUGAACGCCCGCCAGAAGAAAGCAAUGGAGUUAAAGAAAAUGACUGAUAUGGCCAUUCAGAUGUCUGAAAUUCAGCUUUCGGAACUCCGAGCUGAGAUUAAGCUUUUUGUAAGUGAACGUAAAUAUGAUGAGGAACUGGGACGGUCUGCAAGAUUCACCUGUGAAGUUGAACCACUGAAGGAAACAAUCACAUCAUUUGGGGAAGUAUCCCAUCCAAAGAACAGCUACUCCACAAGGACCCCCUGCACAACAAUUCUAUCGUCUCUGAGCAUGCAACCUGUGGUUAAGAAGCAGUCAUUGUCAGUUCAGCAGUCUGCUCCCUCUAGUACUUCUGAUGGUCCAGCUACAACAUUGAACAGAACUGGUUCAAAACUCAGUCAUAGCCGAUCAGAAGUACCAGCUAAAGCUGGCUCAAAAAACAAUCAGGGCAAUUUUUCCAACCAGAGGCGAAGAGCAAAUCUUCAUCUCCAAGGCCAAAACAUGAAAGGUGCCUUUGACUCAGGUUCAUCAGAGGAUGCUGGCCACAUCAAAAAAGAAACAUAUCAAGCUGAUAAUGGGAAACAGCAGCAAGGAAGCUUUAGGCCAAAGUACAGGGGGAUAUCAAGAGAUCAAAAUCAGCUAUCUCAAGCAACAAGCUCCAAAAAGACUGUUUCACCUGUUAACCACCUCCAGAAGAAAUAUCAACUGGAAAUUGCAAGCCACACUGUUCUCAGUGAUAGUGUUUCUCCAUGUAGUGCAUACCCAGUACUCACAGGUACUACUGACAAUACUGUACCUUUGAAAGCACAUACCGUGACACUAGUAGCCUGAUCUUGCUUGAAAGACCAGCAACAUAAGUAACCAGUAAGCCAAGAAUUAAGACAAUCCAUUGCCAUAAGCAUUUUUUGAGCCUUAUAUACAUAGGAAUAUGUAUGAAAUACACUGCACUGUAUUUAAAACUGCUUUGUUUUAUUCUUAUUUGAAAUUAAAUUUGCAUAACUUUCAGUUUUGUUUCCUUAAAGAAACAGGCAUUGGUGCUAAAUGGUUGCUUUUAUCAGGUACACAGUUUUUGAAGCAGCAAUAUCACAGGAAAAAGAUUGCCAUUUCAAAGUCGACAAAACUUUUCUAAUUUAAAAUAAAACAGUUAUGAAGAAAUGUGACAUAUAACUGUUAUUAAUAUUAACUGCAGUAUUCAUGCUGAAUAAUAUCAACUGUAAUAUUCAUGCUAGUUAUAGGCCAGCUUUUAUACAAGCAUCUCAGAACAUUUUAUACCAAUGACAUAAAGGUGUAUAGAUCUCUCUUUUCAGAGAAGGUAUGUUGUCCUCUUGCUAGAUCUUACAUGCAGCUUCCAGACAAGUUCCAAGCAUCAGGUCAUUGGCGUUAUUCAGUGGCAGCAGAUAAAUUGUGCACCUGUACUUCUGCUACUGUAACCAGAAUGUUGGCACACCUGUGUAAAUGGUCACUAUUCCAUGCAUGAGCUAUGCAUCAGAAUAUGAAACCAUUAUACAAAUCUGUGUCAGCUGUUUCCAAGUGAGACCUAAAAAUGUUUCAGAAAAGAAAGAUAUAAAGUUAUUCUUAAUCUUUACAGGAUAUACAAAAUGAAAAGCCUGUCUUUUCAUGUAUAUGUCUAUGUAAGUCUUGAUCCUGACAAGACAUCUAAAAAGCACUAGUUUACCAUAAUUUAAGAAUGCCACAAUGGUAACCCUUAUAAGAUAAUUAAAAUAAAACAUUAUUUACUAUGGCACAGCGACCUUACAAUCUAGAGCCCCACAAUACUUGAAAUAAAAUGUUAUUUUUCAUAUUGUAGGUACCCAUAAGCCAUAACAAGCACAAUAAAUGUAAAAUAAAUAAUUUAAUAAACUGCAGGUGGGUGCACACACAUCCAAUUAUCACAAGAUGUGUAAAGUAAAAGAUGCUUACCUACACCAUAAAUGCACUCAACCCACUUCAUAUAGAGGUAGCAACGUAAAACUAAAAUAUAAUUUACUUUACUUUUUCCUCUCCUGAUCUAGUCUAAGCAUGUAGCCUUUUUCAGGAAACACCUAAGCUGACAUUUAAAAUGACCUGAAGGAUAAUUUGGACAAGACAAAUAAGUGCCAUGAGAUCAUUAAGCUCCAGUGGAGGUACUAACAACUCUAUCACAUGGGAUAUGUGCUUAAUCUCUCAUUUACGGAUGGCAUCUCAGAAGUAAAGCACCCCCUUUAUCCUGUAUGCUGUGUCAGCGCUGGAACAAGAAUCUAAGUGCCUGAUUUUGUAUUAGAACUCACAGACUUCUGAUCUUCUCAGCAUCAGAAACUAGUAUGUUUUCAGUUGAGCUAACUCACACUGUUUAUUCCUCCCAUACAGAAAAAGAUCAUAUCUAAAGAAAUAAUGCAUUUUUUCUGGUCGUUACUACCACUACUGACCACUCAGCUUUCUCUCAGAUGUCCUAUUGACCCAUUUUUCCCCAUGGGGUGAAAACCCUACAGUUCAUGUGUUUGCCUUGGGGUGAAAAUUGAUCUCCAGGAGUGCUGAUGUUAUCCAUGGUUUGGAGCACGAUUUUAUGCUACUGGGUUUAAAAGUUCAAGGCAUGACUGUGACUUCUACUGCUUGCAAUGUAGGACACAUGCAUUACCAUGUGUCCUGUUCUGAGUUUGCAAAACUACUUAGACAAGCAUAGUUGUCACUGUCCUUUCUCACAGGGCCCACUGCAGGGCCCCACCCCCAAGGUGGGUUAGCUGGUGUUAACCACUCCUAUUCCAUCUCCUUAUGCCCCACCCCCAAGGUGGGUGAGCUGCAGUUAACCACUCUUCUUCCCUCUCCUCAUGCCCCCAUCCCAAGGUGGGUGAGCUGUGGUUAUCUACUACUCUUCCAUCUCCUCAUGCCCCACCCCCUAAGGUGGGUGAGCUAAGGUUAAUCACUCUUCUUCCAUCUCCUCAUGUCAGAUCUCUUAGUUGCUGAGUCACUAAUCAAACUCAGUCUGCCGGGGCAUAGUCAAGACUUUAUUCCUCUGUGUUAUAGAAUUCUCAGGAAUAAUUGCAUUUUAUCCAUAGUAUAUGUUCUAGCAGCCUUUAAACAUGUAAAAUACUCAAACACAGUAUAACAUAUUUUUCAAUUCACAGGGUUCUCCACCAUGCUUCUUGCAAAAUACUUGAUGUUACAUUCAUUCCUUUUCCACUGCAUCUAUUUUCUGGACCAAAUUAUUGUAACGGAUAUCAUAUAUAAUGAACUCUGUCAAGCUAUUUAUGGAUUCCACAGUCUUUUCUUCCAGUCUUUAUGAUAAUAUAAAAUCAGUGUUGAGACCUCUUUCCUAGUCCUAUAACAUUAAACUGUUCUAGCUUUAUGAAAAAAAUCAGUAAGCCUAGGACAAAGGGCAGCUGGUUGAAAUCCUGACACUCGUUACUGUGAAUUGUGGGACAGUGAGAUGGAAUGACCGAAAAUGUGGACUUACGUAUAUAAAGUCUGAAAUUCCUUAACCUCAGAAUAUUCCCAUUUCUCCAAGAUAUCAAUACGUUUUGGGAAGUGAGCCCCCCAGAAGAAUACAACUUCAACGGAGAAAAGCAAUUUUGACUUUGCUGUUCUCCUGAGUUUAUGGUCUCUUUUUUUAUCAUUCUGGAUCUCACUAUUACGUGUCUCGACAUUUCAGUGAAUGAAUUUCAAAAUAAAAAGUCAGAGCAUGAAUAAAUCUGAUGGCAAAAAUUCUAAAACCAUACCAAAAUCAUAGUAAUUGAGGGGUGCCCUUCACAUGGACACAUACGUGAAAUAUACAUACUGUCAGUGACCUGUAUGCUCAUUGACUUUGAUAUUGACAACUGCAGAUUGAUUGAUUUAUCUAUAAUCAAAGUGAAGAAGCUUGAGAAGUGUUCAGAACAUGCAUUAUAGUUAAAAUCAUAACUGUCAUAUAACCAAUAUGUAAAUAUAUAAAGCUUGCUACUAAUUUUGUAAAUAAGUUUUAUGUUAAAAAAUAGAAUCUCUUAGCUGCUCAAGUAGAAACAGUUCUUCUAGGAACUAAAGUGGUUUAUCUAAUAUUAAUAUUAUUAGAUGAGUAUGUUAAAUCAGUUGCACUAUAAUACUUGUAUAAAAGUGUAAUUCAUUGCAAACUUACAUAACAACGUACCUAACAGCAGCCAACAAAUUAAGAAUAGAUGCCAUAUGUAUGUACAUAUGGCAUGCUGUCUUGGUGUGUUCUGCAGUUACUCAAAUAUUUUGAAUGCUUAUGUCCUCCAGUGGGUGCUCAAAAGAGUGACUGUAGAAAAAAUAUGCCAAAGAUUAUACUUUACAGCUGCUAGGUUUUAUAUGACCCCAGCUAACAUUUCCAUAGUUUUUGUCAUACUGACAUAUUUUGUUUAUGGUUUUUAUCUGUUUUACUCAGCUUUUUUCAUUCCUUGUAGAAAAAGAAAUCUGUCAAAAAGAAAGAGACCUUCCUGUGAAACUGCUUUACUUUUCACAGCUGUUUCAACUUUUUGUGAUAUAUUUUUACACAGAAAAACAUGGCGCAUGAAAAUGCAGAUUGUAAUGUUUUUUUAUCAUUAUACUGAUGUGACUAAAACCAAGUCAUAAAAAAUAUCAGUCCAUUUUAUUACUUAUAUUUGAAUGGUGGAAUCGAGUAAUUUAAAAAAAUAUUAAAUUAAAUGUUUUGAAUGAA